AUGCUUCUUAAGGACGAUGAAAAUAUGUCUCAAGAAGUCCGUGAUAAGUAUAUGAUUAUAGUCAGGUUCUUUCUUGUACCUAUUAAAUUCAUUUUAAUGGGAGUGGUAAAUCUUAUCUUACUCUUACAAACCGAUGUUCUUCAAGCUAAUAUAACUUUUGGAGCCCUUCGUCACCAACAUCGUUAUCUACCGUUGAAAGCCAAUGGUUCAUUAGAUAUCCUUGAAGUUAUAAAGUCAGCCUUACAUACUUUUGACAAGGAUGCUAUUGAAAUAGGUUCUUCUCGCUCGUAUAAAAGCUCAAGACAUCUACGAAUAGAUUAUGAGCAGCUCCUAGGGAAAGUGUCUAUGAUGCAGAGAUGUAUCGAAUCCUGCAUAAUUCAAAGUGAUAAUCAAAAUCCUCUUGCUGUGCUCGAAUUUCUGGCAACAGAGCCUCCAUCAAUCUUAAAAGAGCAUUUCGAAAAGGUUCUUGAUUAUGCAGAACUCCUUUGUCCAUCGGAGAUUUGGGUUGUAUAUCUUUCACGCGAGGACAAUAUUACCAAAGAUCCAUAUUGGCCUUGCAGAAAAAUGCUCAACAGGAAACUAAAUGUUGUACUUAUCUGUCAAAAAUGUCCGUAUGAGUUCAAAAACUUUAGAUUCCUUGGGACGAUAUUAGUGGUCUGUAUAUCAGAUAGGACUGUUUAA